CACACAGGCCCCAGCCGCUGCUGGACGGCACGCUCUCGCACCCAGCGCUGCGCAGUCCCGCCGCACCGCGCACGGCCGCGAGCGCCGGCUGCAGCGUCGCGUCGCGGCUGCUGCCUGGGCGCCGCUGCGGCUGCUGCUGCGUCGCUGCGCCAUCCUCCGUCUCCGCUGCAUCUCCACCCUGCCGCACCUGCCGUCCAUGGCUCCGCCGCCGCCGCACCCGCUCGUGCGCCGGCCGUCGGCGCCGGCACCUGCGGGCGCAUCCGCAGCCACGCCGCCGCCGCACCCGCAGCUCGCGCCCGGCUCCAUCGCGGCAGCCAGCGGCGCCGCGAGCGCCCCGGCGCCCUCGUCGCCCGACUUUGCCGCGGCGGCGAGCAGCUUCGGCAGCGCCCUCUUCCCGCCGGGCCCGGGCCUCAGCGCCGCGGCACUGCCGAGCCCCGGCCUCACGCCGUCGGCGGCGCCGCGCGGCGACGACGCCGUGCGCGAGCUGCUGGCGCGCCGCAUCGCCGCCGUCGCGUACCUCAAGCGCACGCUGCUGGGAAAGAACGUGUGGCUCGGCACGCUGCGGCUCACGCGCCGCGACGUCGAGAGCAUCUACGAGCCGGAGCGCAUGCGCAAGCGCACGCAGCGCGCGCUUCUGCUCGGUCUCUCGCUGGCGCCGCUGCUCGAGCUCUCCAGCCUGCCCGACUUUGCUCGCGCCGUGCUCGCCGUCGUGGCUGAGCUCGACGUCAUGCCUGAUUCGGCGGCCUCGGGCUUCAGCAGCCUCGGCGGCGGCGGCGGCAAGGGCGCACAUGGCGUGCGCAACUUCUUCAAGACGGGCACAGUGCGCAAGCGCGGCCUCACGAGCGCCUCGUCGCUCGGCCCCGGAGUCGAGUCUGCCGGCGCAGAUGCGUCGGCCUCCGUCCUGGGCCAGAGCGCUGGCGAGGGCAGCUGGAUCGUGCACGCCCAUGUGCCCUUCGCUCCGGACUUCACGCAGACCUUCCUGACGCUGCUCGACAUCUUCUCCGAGGUCUACCACCACCUGCUCUCCUUCACCUCGCAGCCGAGCGGCGGCGCAUCAGGCCUGCCCGGCGCAUCGACGCCGAGCGGCAUGGGCUUCCCAGGCAGUGCGUCCGGCGGCUUCUUCGCCGGGCACUUCGAUGAGGCCGGCGGCGUUUCGGCUCCAGCAAGCAGCAGCCUGAGCGCGCAGAAUCUGGACCUCAUCACCAAGGUCGACGUCAAGCUCAAGAAGACGCUGCUGCAGGUGUCAAAGGAGAUCGACGGCCUGGCCCGGCAUCUCAGCAAGGCGGAGCUCGAUGCGCUAGAUCCACUCAUACGCGACGCACCUGCACCCGAGGCGGCUGCGCCGGGCUACGCCGGCAGCAUUGCGUCGGGCACCAGCGGCAGCACGCUGGUCGGCAGCGUCGGCGACCGCGACUGGCACGGCUCGGGCACCGCCAAGGCGGCCGGCAGCGCGGGCGAGUUUGGAGAGGGCAAGUGGUAGCAGGCUCCCGCACGUCACCGGACCGGCGCGCAGUGUCACACUGUAUUCUGUCUCUCUCGAAACAAUGGUAUUAUAUCGCGGCC